AUGAACAGGGGCAACGAUCCAUUGUUAGCAAAUUUAAAUGCUUUCAAGAACAAAGUAAAAUCAGCACCUGUCCUGCCGGUGAAAUCAAAGACAACGAGUAAUAAUGUAAAUGGUACACCUUACGGAAGCCCAAAGAAGAGAACAGCGUCUCAACGAAACGAGGAGGAGGGAAAGCAAGUUAUAGAAGUCGAAGAACUCGAUGAAGAUGAUGAUGAUGACGACGGUGUCGAAGAACUCGAUGCUAAUGAUGAUGAUGAUGAUGACGAUGACGAAUCGCCGAUGAAGAAAGUGAGGCCUGGCUCUAUAGCAGCAGCAGCACUACAAGCCACUCAGACAGAUAUUUCUAAGAGUCAUGACUCUUCAAAAUUGUUAUGGGCAACUGAAUAUAUUCAGAAAAAGGGUAAACCGGUUCUGGUCAGCGAACUCAUGGACUAUUUGUCGAUGAAGAAAGACGAUAAGGUCCUGGAGUUAUUAAAAAAACUGGAUAAGAUACAAUACGAUCCUAAGAAGGGAACAUUUAAGUACAUGUCUACGUAUGAUGUGCACUCAGCGCAAGAGUUGAUCAACCUGCUGAGAUCUCAAGUGACUUUCAAAGGUAUAUCGUGUAAGGAGUUGAAAGACGGGUGGCCCCAAUGUGACGAAACAGUGAAUGAACUAGAAGACGAGAGUAAAAUUUUAGUUCUGAGAACAAAAAAGGACAAAACUCCAAGAUACGUGUGGUACAAUAACGGUGGAGAGUUGAAUCGUAUCGACGAAGAUUUUGUCAAAAUGUGGGAAAAUGUUCAACUACCGCAAUUCGCGGAACUACCCAGAAAGUUGCAAGAUCUUGGGCUUAAACCUGCAAGUAUUGAUCCUGCAACGAUCAAGAGACAAACAACAAGAGUGGAAGCCAAGAAGAAAAGACAAAGAAAAGGUAAAAUCACCAAUACUCAUAUGGCUGGUAUCCUGAAAGACUAUUCGCAUAAGGCAUGA